UUACUGUGAGUGGGUGGCAGAAAGAGGCAAGGGGGUGGGAAGGGGCUGGAGGCCCCCAAGGCCUGCUGUGCCUCCCCAGCUUGGUGAGCUCACCCCUCCGUUUUUGGAAGGCAGCCUGGAGCGGGGCCCUUGGGAAUACGUGUUUACAUGUAAACACACGUGUUACACAGAUACUGUCCCUAACUGGAAGCAAGCAGGCUCUACCCACAUAGGCCUCCCUCUUAGCUAGGUCUGUUCUCUGUGGGGAUGGAGAAAGAACUCUUAGGGCCUUGGCUGGGCACUAUCACAGGACACUGACUCCUGGCAAAAAGCUCUUCUUGCCCCAGCUCCUUAGGAGUGAGCCUUGGAGGUAGUUGUCAGAAAACAGCAGGCCAGGCAGAACGGGGAGUGGAAACAGGAGCCAGCAAUAGAAGGGAUCCUCUGUGCUGGGGCUGGGGCAGGGAGGAUCAGUGGGUAGCAGGGGAGGGCAAGGCUUCUGAACUCUGCUUUUGCCAACCACUUCCUGUCUCUCUUCAGCGGGGGCUCAAUCCCCAGACCUCCAGAAAUGACGUCAGAAUCAUUUGCAUCCCGCUGCCUCUACCUGCCUGGUCCAGCUGGGACCCUGCCUCGCCUGCCCCAUGGCCAGAGGGUUGGAAAUUAAUGAUCAUGAGCUCGUAUUUGAUGGACUCUAACUACAUCGAUCCGAAAUUUCCUCCAUGCGAAGAAUAUUCGCAAAAUAGCUACAUCCCUGAACACAGUCCGGAAUAUUACGGCCGGACCAGGGAAUCGGGAUUCCAGCAUCACCACCAGGAGCUGUACCCACCACCGCCUCCGCGCCCUAGCUACCCUGAGCGCCAGUAUAGCUGCACCAGUCUCCAGGGGCCGGGCAAUUCGCGAGGCCACGGGCCGGCCCAGGCGGGCCACCACCACCCCGAGAAAUCACAGCCGCUCUGCGAGCCGGCGCCUCUCUCAGGCGCCUCCGCCUCCCCGUCCCCAGCCCCGCCAGCCUGCAGCCAGCCAGCCCCCGACCAUCCCUCCAGCGCUGCCAGCAAGCAACCCAUAGUCUACCCAUGGAUGAAAAAAAUUCACGUUAGCACGGUGAACCCCAAUUAUAACGGAGGGGAACCCAAGCGCUCGAGGACAGCCUACACCCGGCAGCAAGUCCUGGAAUUAGAGAAAGAGUUUCAUUACAACCGCUACCUGACCCGAAGGAGAAGGAUCGAGAUCGCCCACUCGCUGUGCCUCUCUGAGAGGCAGAUCAAAAUCUGGUUCCAAAACCGUCGCAUGAAAUGGAAGAAGGACCACCGACUCCCCAACACCAAAGUCAGGUCAGCGCCCCCGGCCGGCGCUGCACCCACCACCCUCUCAGCAGCCACCCCGGGCACUUCUGAAGACCACUCCCAGAGCGCCACGCCGCCGGAGCAGCAACGGGCAGAGGACAUUACCAGGUUAUAAAACAUAACUCACACCCCUGCCCCCACCCCAUGCCUCCACCCUCCCCUCACACACAAAUUGACUCUUAUUUAUAGAAUUUAAUAUAUAUAUAUUUUGGUUCUUUUUCUCUUCCUACCACCUUGUCCCUUGUCAAUUCCAAACAGACAAAACAGAUAAACAAACAAGCCCCCUGCCCUCCUCUCCCUUCCACUGUUAAGGACCCUUUUAAGCAUGUGAUGUUGUCUUAGCAUGGUACCUGCUGGGUUUUUUUUUUUAAGGCUAUUUGGGGGGGUUAUUUAUUUUUUAAGAAAAAAAGCUGCAAAUAUUAUAUAUUGCAAGGUGCGAUGGUCUGGUUUGGGUGGAUUUCAGGGGAAAUGAGGAAAAGAAAAAAGGAAAGAGAUUUUUAAGCCAAUUCUCAUCCUUCUUCUCCUCCUCCUUCCCCCCCUCUUUCCUUAGGCCUUUUGCAUUGAAAAUGCACCAGGGGAGGUUAGUGAGGGGGAAGUCAUUUUAAGGAGAACAAAGCUAUGAAGUUCUUUUGUAUUAUUGGGGGGGGUGGGAGGAGAGGGGGCAAAGACAGCAGACAAAGCUAAAUGCAUCUGGAGAGCCUCUCAGAGCUGUUCAGUUUGAGGAGCCAAAAGAAAAUCAAAAUGAACUUUCAGUUCAGAGAGGCAGUCUAUAGGUAGAAUAUCCCCCCGCCCCCAUCGUGGUUAUUGUGUUUUUGGACUGAAUUUACUUGAUUAUUGUAAAACUUGCAAUAAAGAAUUUUAGUGUCGAUGUGAAAUGCCCCGUGAUCAAUAAUAAACCAGUGGAUGUGAAUUAGUUUUA